AUGCGCGACUUUUAUAAAGCUCCACAAUUCACUCAAUACUCUCGAAUUUUGUUUGGUGAUGAGCGAAUCCAUGAGAAUAUUCUUGUUAACGAGCCAAUCACUGGUCCUCCAUGCGGUACUGUAACGACGAUGUGGGAGAAUUUAAAGAGAACAACCGCCAUUCAUCCAGACGCUGAUUUCCUCGGCGAAAUCGGAAACGAUGGGAGAUAUCAUUUUAAAACUUAUAAAGAGGUGAUGGAGAUCGCAGAAACGAUUGGAUCGGCCGUUUACAAUUUGGGGAUUCAAACUGGGACGAGAGUCGGUCUUGCCGGGAUCCACUCAGUCAACUAUGAGGAAGCGAUGUGGGGAUUGAUCUCACAGGGAAUCGCUCUUGUUCCCCUCUAUCACAACUCAAAAGAUGAUGCAAUUUGCGAAAUCGUUGCCUCUUGUCAGCUGGAGUUGAUCUUUUGUGAUACACCUGAACGAAUUGUUGAUUUCAUUCAAAAACGUAAAGAAGGAUUGAUCGAGUCGGUUAAGAUUCUCGUUUUGUUAAAUGGAAACCUCUCAGAGAUCAGCACUGUUGAGGAUUUAAAGAUCCUUGUCUUUGCCGAUUUCUUGAAACUUGGAGAAGAGAAUCGAGUCAAGCCGAAUCCACCAAAAGCCGAUGAUGUUUAUAUAAUUUGUCACACAUCAGGCACAACUGGCAGACCGAAAGGAGUCCAACUAACACAUAAAAACCUUCUCGCCGCCAUGUCCGGCCUCUAUAUGCAAUGGUGCCACCCACCACAUGACUUCAAAUUCGGCACCAAUGACACUUAUUUUUCAUUCCUCUCACUAGCGCACAUCUAUGAGCAUUUAAUGCAGUCUUUCAUCAUUUACACUGGCGGCCGGGUGGGCGUCUACUCAGGCGAUUUAAAGAAGCUAAUCUUAGACAUUCAAAAUCUCAAGCCAACAAUGAUCAGCCUUGUCCCGAGAAUCCUUAACAAGCUAUAUGAUCAACAGUUGCAUCGUGGAAUCAACAAUCCGAACACGAUUUGGGACAAGCUUGUGUUUGAGAAGAUCCGACUAGUGAUCGGUGGUCGAGUACGCUACUUGACGACAGGAGGAGCGCCGGUGACACCAGCUGUGCACGAUUUCACGAGAAUUGCUUUUGGAUGUCCGCUCUUUGAGGGUUAUGGUCAAACUGAGUGCGGAGCUGCUGGAACGUUGAAUCUCCCGGGCGACCUCACUGGUGGAACACAUGUUGGUGCGCCUGCUCCCUGGGCACAAAUCAAAUUGGUUGAUGUUCCAGAACUCGGCUACUUGUCUGCGAACGACAAGGGAGAGGUUUGCUUCCGUGGCGCUGCUGUAAUGAAGGGAUAUUUUGGAGAUGAAGAAUUGUCAAAGAAAACGGUUGAUGAGCAGGGCUGGCUGCACACGGGUGAUAUUGGCGAGUGGCUGCCAGAUGGUCGUUUAAAGAUUAUUGAUCGAAAGAAUGCUCUUUUCAAGUUAGCGCAAGGGGAUUUUGUCUCAGCUGAAGCGAUUGAAAGCAUUCUUGGCUUGAGUCCACUCGUGAAUCAGAUCUUUGUCACCGGUUUGAGUACUCGCUCGUUUUUGGUGGGAAUUGUUGUUGUUGAAGUGGAAACAUUGAAGAAAGAGAUUGAGAAAAAUGGGGAUUCUGAGACAAAAGCUUGCUUAUCUGCUGAUGGGGAGGAGUUUCUGUGCAAGGAGCCGAUCAAAAGGUUCAUGACGCAAUACUUGAGUGGAUUCGGAAAAUCGAAAGGCUUGCAAACGAUCGAGACUCUGAGAAGAGUGUAUCUUACCUUUGAAGAGCUAACUGCUGAGUCUGGCUUGCUUACUCCAACUCUGAAGAUUCGGCGCCAACCUUGCAGGGAAAAGUUCAUGGCUGAGAUCGAUGCUAUGUACGACGAGGAAACAGAGUUG